CAACUGCUGGCCAAAAAUUCCGAAAUUGUGUUUAGUUGUAUUUUUAAAGUUCCGCGAAAAACAAAGCCAAGGCAAAACAAAUAGCAAAAAUGAACAGCGCUUUGACUUUAAUUAAGGAAAAAUGUACAGCUCGCCAUUUGGCCAUAUUCCUGGGCUUACUUUCCACAAUCCUAAUUGUGGUUGUAGUAGUUUUGUCCGUUGAAACUUCUAGUAUGUCCCAUGACCUGAAGGAAGCUCGCCAAAAAUUGGAAAUUUUGGAAUUAUAUAUACAGAAUAUGGCAACAACAUCCACAUCGACAGAGGCAACAUCGACCACGACAUUUUCGGUGCCACAGCCGCCGAUACAGACCACCACAACAGCUGCCCCUGAAACAGCACCGCCUCCACCAGUUUUACCUUAAAUUUGUAUUCGUAUAACCUAUGGAAAUUAUAGCUAUCUACGUUACAUCAUUCAAAAUAAAUUUUAUGAUUUU